AUCGUCAUAAUUUCGGACACUGUUCUCCUUGUUGACCAAACCCACCCUACUCAUCAUAUUUCUUACCCUUUCUUCUCAUCAAUCAGAAAAGACUUCUCUUUUUUGUUUCCAUUUUUUCUUUUCUGUUUUCAUCAUUUUCUAAGGUAACCUUGGAACUGGUUUAAUUCAAAGAUACUUAUUCCAUUUGACAUUAUAGGCCGUGUUCGAAUAUUCCAUCCUCCAGUCAUGACUUGCUUCCCAUUCUCAUUUGGUAGGAAAGUGCCCCCUGUGGCAAGACACAAUCCAGAUAUUGAUGAAGAACUCUCUGGCAUUCAAAAUGUAAGAAUCUUUACCUACAAAGAACUAAGAGUUGCAUCUGACAAUUUCAGUCAGGCCAAUAAAAUUGGGCAGGGUGGCUUUGGUUUUGUUUAUAAGGGAUUACUAAAAGAUGGGAAUCUAGCUGCUAUAAAAGUUCUUUCAGCAGAAUCAACUCAAGGGGUGAAAGAAUUUAUGACAGAGAUUAAUGUGAUCUCAGAAAUAGAGCAUGAAAAUUUGGUUAAGCUAUAUGGAUGUUGUGUGGAAGGGAACAAUCGAAUACUAGUCUACAAUUAUCUUGAGAACAAUAGCCUUGCACAAACCCUUUUAGGUUCAGGUCACAGUAGUAACAUCUUUUUUGAUUGGAAAACACGAUCUAGGAUUUGCAUUGGGAUUGCACGUGGGCUCUCCUAUCUGCAUGAAGAAAUAAGACCACAUAUUGUUCAUAGGGAUAUAAAAGCAAGCAAUAUUCUCCUUGACAAAAAUCUUAUACCUAAGAUUUCAGAUUUUGGUCUUGCAAAGCUUAUUCCAUCAUACAUGACUCAUGUCAGCACACGUGUGGCCGGAACAAUAGGUUAUUUGGCACCAGAGUAUGCAUUAAGGGGGCACCUCACACGUAAAGCAGAUAUUUACAGCUUUGGUGUACUCCUUGUGGAGAUAGUGAGUGGAAGAUGUCACACUAAUACACGGUUACCGAUAGGAGAGCAGUUUGUUUUAGAAACGACAUGGGAGCUUUAUCAGCGAAGGGAAUUGGUAGCGCUUGUAGAUGCAUCCCUAGACGGGCAUUUUGAUGCCGAGGAGGCCUGUAAAUUUCUGAAAGUUGGACUUCUUUGCACUCAGGACACAUCGAAACUCCGGCCACCAAUGUCUUCUGUGGUCAAGAUGCUCACUGGAGAAAUGGACAUAGAUGAAAGCAAGAUAACAAAGCCAGGCCUGAUUUCAGAUUUUAUGGAUCUUAAAAUCAGAGGAGAUAAAAAAGAUGGUGAUAUUGAAACCAAGGGUUCAUCUUCUGCUUCAGAUAGCCAGGGUAACACCAUGGCAUUUACUGCAAGUACAAGUACAACCACAACCUUCACUCUUAAAUAUGAUCAAAGCUUGUAACCAUUAUUUGUCAUUGGUUGACACUGUGAAUCCAAAUUAUUUGAUUUCAUUUUUCUUAGAUCUCCCUUUCGCUUGUAAAUUUGCUACAGGUCCAUAAAUUUGUGUGUUAAUAUUUUAUUCUAUUGAAGACUAGGAAGUUUUGGCCAAUGUACACUAUCUUGUAAAUAUGGACCAUGGUUAUAAUCAAACGAUGAAUCUGAAGAUCUUUGUUCUUUAGCAAUCA